AUGAACGUCAGAUUCCACGAACCCUUUGAUGCCAAUGCAUACAGAAUCUUGAAAGAGAAAAGCGCCAAGGGGAAGGCUGGAAGAGCCACCGAACGUUUUUUCGUUGGCCCUCACGGGACCGGCUGCGGCACCACAUUUUCUGCCAAAUACACGGAUAUGGUCAACGGUGGCGGAGAGUCUUCGAAUACCGACCCUCAGCGCGUUUCGGAGGUGCCUACUCCAAGCCCGUCUACUAUUACAGUUCAAACAGAGGCGAAUUCUACCAGCAAAGAUGCAGAAAUCAUUACCUCUGACUUCGAGGAACAGACACCGGAAGUAUCGUGGACUGGGCCUUCCACGAUUAGAGCAACAAGCGAUGGGAGCUUUAGCAGCAAGACUAAUUUGGAGAUUAGUGGUUCCGCUUCUGAUGAAGACGUCCAUGACAGCAUUGAAGUUGCACCGCCUCCGGAUUUUAGAGACUAUGCCGCCUACAUUAGGGCUGCAGACGACGCCGAUGGUGAGACCCCACCAGGAGAAUGGGAAGCCCUCCGAAUUAUUGGCGAAGAGCGCAUUAGUGGAAAGCUGCACUACAUGAUAGAGUGGAAGCCCAGUCUCGUGUCCGAAGACGAUGCGGGAAAUGCGACACAGCUGAUAAGAGAGUAG